AUGGGUGACGGUAAUCCUAACCCCUUUCGUAAGACUGAACACUACUACCAGUCUUCUGAAUGGACGGGAUACUCACAGCCACAGUACACCGAUCCCAAUUAUCGGCCAGAAUCUUACCCCAAUUCUGAGCCAAUGAAAUAUUUGCCAUACGAUAACAAUUAUAACACAUAUGUACCAUCAAAUUCCCAUGGAUAUGGACAAUCUAAUUCACAUUAUGCGCCACCAAAUUCACAUAAUUAUGGACUAUCGAAUUCUCAUAACUAUUUACCACAAAAUCCUCAUAAUAUACACACAAACCCUCACAGUAUGCAAUCAAAUGUUCACAGUAUACAAUCAAAUCCACAUAGUAUGCAGUCUAAUGUGCCUAAUUACGGACAAAGUACACAUCCAGUUGAUACUGUGAAUUUGCCGUAUCAAAGUCAAGUAAUUGAUGCACCAAAUAUCUCAUAUUCCACACGCCAAAUACCAACAGACCCAGUUUCUGUUCAAUACAAACACGAUUCAAUUCCAAUGAGAUAUAACACAUACCCAAUGAACUCGGUCAACCCAAAUAACUCAGUAAACAAUGUUAACCCUGUUAAUAAUAUGAACCAGGUUAAUCCAGUAAAUUCGGUUAAUAGCAUGGGAUUUAUGAAUUAUUAUAACCAAAGGAAUAUGUCUGGGUAUAAGAAUGAUUCAGAUGCAAAUUACUACCAGAAUUACAUGUACUAUAGUGGCAGGGUGCCUGGGAGGGCAGGGUCUGACGUCACCAGGCCUGAGAUUCACUUUUCGAGAAACUACGAGAAUUUGGCAAACAAAAACUUCUUCAACGCCUCACUCUCGUUUAAAGAGGCAGCAACUGCAAUGCUGUCAAUGGACGCUAAUAAGAAGACUCAGUCAAGGCAACGAACCCCAAACAGAGGCAGAGGAUCCGCAAGAGGAUUGGAAAAGGUUCAGAAAACAGAAAACACUACCCAGACAACCUCAAUACUCGAUCAAAGUGUCCCACGAGUUGAACAGAAUGUAUACCAAAAGUAUUCCAACACCAAAACCAUGUAUCAACCACAAGCAUCCAAGAAUAUUGAACCUACUCCAGCGGUCCAAUUUUCACAGUAUAAUCCAGCCGAAAUGAGUAACAGAGCAGAUGUUAUUAACAGAAUGGAAAUGAAUAAUAGGAUUGGAGAUAUGAACAGGGUUGACAUGAACAAUAGGGUUGGAGAUAUGAACAGGGUUGACAUGAAUAGAAUGAAUAUGAAUAGGGUUGAGAUCAAUAGAGGAGAUAUGGUAAAACAGGGUGAGAUGGGUGGUAAGGAUUCUGGGUAUAACAAUUACUUUAUGAUAAAUAGUAAGAUUAAUAGUCCAGAGUACGCAAAGUAUAGGAACAGAGGAUUGCAACAACUCACCCAGUAUAACUUAAUGUCACAGUAUAGUCAACAGCAUGGAAUUGGUAAUUACAUUUCCAACGUUAACAAUUACCCAAAUGUCAACAACUUUCCUACCGUUAACAAUUACUCUAACGUUAAUAACUAUCCGAACGUUAACAGGAACUUUAAGAAAAUUGGCCCAAACGCAAUCCAGGGCCCGCCCAGAUUCAUACCACCAAUCCACAAGCCAGUUCCACCCCUAAGAAAUGAACCAAUCAACAAACUUCACGUCAUCGAGGAAAUUCACGCCGACAACGAUUACAUGAAUAAUAUCAAAACCAACUCAAUCUCGUCCGCUUGUUCACUCAUGGAAUCGUUUCAACACUCAUUAUCCAAUAAACGUAAAAGGAUAAGAAAUUGUUUGGUUGAGGAUUGUAGAAAUGUUAUCGGAGAACAGCCUAAGAUAGACAUACAAUAUUCAAGUACAGAGGUUAACGGGAAGAAAAGGUACUUUUUGCCGGAGAUUUUGUCAUCUCUUUUGCCAUACCACGUCUUCUAUUGCGACGAACUAGAACAACCAGAAACAACCAAAUUCGAUUACUCAGAAAUCAAAGACCAAAUCAAACAAGUACAACAAAAUGUCGAAAAUAUCUCAAAUAACAGUGAUUACUCACUUAAUCAAUCGGUAAACCCCUAUUUACUAUUCAUUUAA